CCCCCCCGUCUUCCGUCGCAGGGCCGCGCACGCGCAGUUGGGUUGCGGAACGACCGGGAGCCCCCCCCAAAGAUGGCGGCGGUGGCUGCCCUGCCCUUGAGGAGCGCGCUGAGAGCGGCGCGUCUGGUGGCCAGCCGGAGCUUCGGGGCGGCGGCGGCGGCGGCGGCGGGGGGCACCGGAGAGCCUGUGACUCACACGGGGCAGGUGUAUGAAGAGUGUGAUUACAGGCGGGUUCGAUUUGUUGGAAGGCAAAAAGAGGUGAAUGAGAACUUUGCCAUUGAUUUGAUUGCUGAGCAACCUGUGACUGAAGUAGAAGACAGAGUUGUCUCUUGUGAUGGUGGUGGUGGAGCUUUGGGACAUCCUCGAGUGUAUAUAAACUUGGACAAAGAUACAAAAACGGGAACAUGUGGCUAUUGUGGACUUCAGUUUACGCAGAAGCACCAUCACUGAAAUUGUCAUCUUGUGUCCUGCAGAGCUGUCUGCAUUUAUCUGUUAUGCUGUCACAUACAUGUAUUUAAAAAGGU